AUGGAAGAAUUUGACUUAAGAUUAUCCACACAUGCAAAGUUCAUCGACACUGUGAUGUCAAUUGCAGGAGCUAUCAUCGUGACUUUUUACAAAGGUCCUUCCAUUCUAUCAUCUUCUUCAAAACCAGAAAUCUCUCAGCAUUUUCUUGUUCUAGCAUCUGAUUGGGUACUUAGUGGUAUCUUUCUAGGAAUAACCUCAGUUCUUUCUUCAGUGUGUUUCAUUGGACAGGCAACUAUUCCUAAGAAAUACCCUGCAGAGGUGAUUGUAAUGUUCUCUUACUGCAUUGUCUACAAUAUCUUAUCUGCUUUAACUUCUUUCAUUGUGGGAAAUGAUCUGAGUGCUUAUAGUUUAUGGCCUAAUAAGAGGCUUCUUUUUGUCCUCUACUCGAUAAAUUUUUAA